AUGGUGGAAGAUGGGAUUAAUGUGUUUGGGUGCCCAGUGGUUGGCAUGGACUAUGUGGACGAGUGUCGCAGUGGGAGCCACGACUGCCACAGCUCGGCCUCCUGUUCCAACAGCCCCGGCUCAUUCCAGUGUGUGUGUGGGGCUGGGUACACUGGGGACGGAAGGAGUUGUACAGAUGUGGACGAGUGUCGCAGUGAGAGCCACGACUGCCACAGCUCGGCCUCCUGUUCCAACAGCCCCGGCUCGUUCCAGUGUGUGUGUGGGGCUGGGUACACUGGGGACGGAAGGAGUUGUACAGAUGUGGACGAGUGUCGCAGUGGGAGCCACGACUGCCACAGCUCGGCCUCCUGUUCCAACAGCCCCGGCUCGUUCCAGUGUGUGUGUGGGGCUGGGUACACUGGGGAUGGAAGGACUUGUACAGAUGUGGACGAGUGUCGCAGUGGGGGCCACGACUGCCACAGCUCGGCCUCGUGUUCCAACAGCCCCGGCUCGUUCCAGUGUGUGUGUGGGGCUGGGUACACUGCGGACGGAAGGACUUGUACAGAUGUGGACGAGUGUCGCAGUGGGAGCCACGACUGCCACAGCUCGGCCUCCUGUUCCAACAGCCCCGGCUCAUUCCAGUGUGUGUGUGGGGCUGGGUACACUGGGGACGGAAGGACUUGUACAGAUGUGGACGAGUGUCGCAGUGGGAGCCACGACUGCCACAGCUCGGCCCUAUGUUCCAACAGCCCCGGCUCGUUCCAGUGUGUGUGUGGGGCUGGGUACACUGGGGACGGAAGGACUUGUACAGAUGUGGACGAGUGUCGCAGUGGGAGCCACGACUGCCACAGCUCGGCCUCCUGUUCCAACAGCCCCGGCUCGUUCCAGUGUGUGUGUGGGGCUGGGUACACUGGGGACGGAAGAGAUUGUACAGAUGUGGACGAGUGUCGCAGCAGGAGCCACGACUGCCUCAGCCCGGCCUCCUGUUCCAACAGUCCCGGCUCGUUCCAGUGUGUGUGUGGGGCUGGGUACACUGGGGACGGAAGCACGUGUACAGAUGUGGAUGAAUGUGCGCAGGACAAUGGUGGAUGUUCCCAGCGCUGUGUGAACGCAGUGGGCAGUUACCGGUGUGACUGCCUCCCAGGCUAUACCUUGGGUCCUGACAGCAGAACAGCAUGUACAGAUAUCAACGAGUGCGGGAAUCAUGCACUGAAUCAGUGCGACAACAACGCUCAGUGUCUGAACACGAACGGUUCCUACCGGUGUAAGUGCAACUCGUAUUACAGAGGCAAUGGGACACACUGUGAAGGUUGUUUUUGCCCACCGGAAAUUAUACCAGGAACUGUGAAUCUGCAGGCUCUUUCAAGAAGUCCCUGCCCCUGUGUCUCUGGGUUUAUCGUGUCCAAUAACUUCCCAAGCUACUACCAGAACAGCGCAGACAUGUACUGGUUCUUCAACUUGUCCCUGAUGUCUAACUCCACUCACCAGUACACAGGAAUCCGAUUCCGGGUGGACUUGCUGUCUGUGACUUCCCAGGAAGACCACAUCUCCUUUGGCUGUGGAACGGACCCCGAUCAACACAUGCAGCGCAUGUUGACUGAGAAAGACCGAAACAACAUCACCUUCCCUGUCUCCAAUUGCACUGACGUCUGGGUCCAUUUCCAUUCUGGGCCACAGACACCAAGCACAAAGUUCAGCAUUUAUUUCGAAAUGGAGCGGUUCCUUUGCCAGAGGUUGAAUUGUGAUGUAAAUGCAACAUGUGGCUCGAACAGGUCAGGAUAUUCUGCGUGUAUCUGCAUGCCAGGCUGGAGAGAGUCGGACACUGGAUGCCUCGACAUUCGGAACAUGGUGCAGACUGUAACCGCCACCGCCACAGGACCCAACAUCAGGCUAGCAUGGGUGGUCAAGUCAGUGCCAGAAAUUGCGAUUCUCAACUAUCAAAUUAACACCAACUGCACAAACCACACUGGCGGGAUCAACCGGAUGCAGAGUGACCAGCCUGCGAACGCCACCUCUUUAGUAUUAACAGGUCUGACCUCCAUGUCACUGUGUACCACUGUGGUCCAGGUCAACACCUCCUCAGAGGGCCUGGUGACCUCUCGAUCUUUCACCUUUUGGACCCACUCUGGAAUGAUGCGGGUGCCUUUGAGUCUGAUCUCCAUCUCCGCCACCAGUGCUGUGAUCUCAUGGGGUCUCCUUAGUAGUGCAAGUGACUGGAUGUCCUGCCGACUUCACUAUUACAGCAGCGGAGAGCCCAACGUGAUUCAUACUAUCAGCCGCAUCUCAGUGAGUGGAGAGACUCUGAUCACAGGGUUGAAACCAAAUACCACAUACACGACGAUUGUGGAGUGUGACUUUCCCUUUAAUCGGACAUUCAACUCCCUGCCUCUUGAAAUCACCACUCCCCCAUUUUUGCGCUUCCUACGCAACUUGCAGGCUUCUGGCAUAACCGCGAGCAUUGCUGAGAUUAGCUGGGACCCAGCCAAGCCGGAAGCUGCCAGGAUUGUGUCCUACAGUGUGAACUAUGGUCCCUAUGGGAGUGACAGUCCUAUGAAGCGGGUCAUUGUUUUCCCUCCGAUAACCAGUGUCCUGCUCGCAGGUCUGAAUGAGUCGACUCUGUACGUUGUAUCAGUUUCUGCUAAAUCCUUCCUUGGCGAAGAAGACAGUGGUUUGCUAUUGAAGUUUAUGACCCAAAGCUCCCCUGUCCAACCAGGCGAUACCCCCUCAGUCCCUCAGAAAGUGCAAGUGGGGGAGUUUGAAUCUUGCUGUGUGCUGGUCAGCUGGAAGCCACCUACUGAACCCAAGGAAGAAAUAAUACAGUAUAAUGUGGAUGUCCAGAGUAAUGAUUCGCUGCCUGUGCAAUACACAACCGAUUCGACCUUUAUUUACCUGCAAGAUCUGGAUCCCCGGCAGAAAUAUGACAUCCGCGUGUCUGCGGUGAACAGUCAGGGUGAAGGAGAAACCAGUGAGAAGCUCUCUGUCAGACUGAGGGAACUACCCCAACAUGAAACAGCGCUGAAAAUAAAGCCAAGAUUACUCGUCAGCGAGGAUCUCUCGCUCAGGGCAUCGAGCAUCUUCUUGCAACUUCCAGAGUGUGGAGUAUUUGAUGCAGCUGCAAAACAGCUGAAUGCCACAUCUGGUCACCUCUCCAUCUACAUCGUCGUUGCAAACGACAAAGGUAUGUUGUUAAUUCUUCCAUCUAUUGUUUAUCAGCUUUGAGGUUUUUCCACAAGUGGUUAUGUUUCCACAUCAGUUGCACUGAACUCAUUCAAUAUUAGGAAGGAUUGAAUGGAACAGCACUGUAGUGUAAUUAACCUAGGAUCCAUUUUGAAGUUUUCUUUGGCUUCCAGCAAGAUGAGAGGAUGACAUUUUUCCAAUAUGGUGCCAUUUAUCAUUAAUACUGGUCAAUUUUAAUUGCCCCACUGUCGAUUAAAACGGAUCUCUCUACAUUCAGUUAAAAUGGUCCUCCAUCAACCAUUUAGCAUUCAGGGUGAGCAUUCAAAAUUGGCCUGGUGGAAGGAGUCAGAGGGUGAUAGUGGAUGGUAUUUUUUCUGCUUAGAGGUUGGGACUAAUGGUUUGCCGCAGGGAUCUGUGGUGGGUCCAUUGCUGUUUCCCAUCAGUAUUAAUAAUCUGGAUGACAGUGUAGUUAAAGUAAUGAGUAAAUUUGCAGAUUAGACCAUCGUUGGUGGUAUGGCAGUGAAGCGGAAGGUUAUGUAUGUUCACAAAAGGAUCUACAUCAAGGGAGGUGGACCAAGGACUAGCAGAUGGAAUUUAGCUCAGACAAGAGUGAGUUGAGGCAUUUUGUUGAGUCAAACUAGGACAGCUCUUACACAGUAAAUGUGGGGAACUGGAGAAUGUUUUAGAGCAGAGAGAUCUAGGGGUAGACAUUUGGACAGGGUGGUGAAGUUGGUGUUUAGCUCAGUUGCCCUCAUCAGUAAGGGUACUGAGUACAGGAGAAGACGCAGUGUGCUGGAGUAACUCAGCGGGUCAGGAAGCAUCUCAGGAGAACAUGGAUAGGUAACGUUUCGGGUCGGGACUCUUCUUCAGACUGAUCGGA